AAAAAAAAAGGAAAGGGGGACCAAGGAACGCCUAUUAAAAAAUUUGAAAGGAGGUGGUGUUGGUAUCAGUAUUUGAAGAUGUUGUAUAGCUGUUGACAUAGAUGAUAGGAUUAGGUAUUAGAAAAUUAUUAGAUUAAUGCUAAAAUUUUAGUGCCUUUAGUCCUAAAAUUUGCGAAAACAAAAUAGAAAGUACGGUAACACUAUUCGUAUCCUGUAUUUGCCGGUACGACGAUAGACUGACUGUCGCAAUCAGUGGGUUGGGUCACGGUCCCAACGGGUUUUAGUGGUCCUUUUCUAAGUGCAGGAACAUGGGAAAGUUUUUGUCUAAAAUAUUUGGCAAUAAAGAAAUGAGAAUUCUUAUGCUUGGUUUAGACGCAGCAGGAAAAACAACUGUUUUAUACAAACUCAAACUAGGUCAGUCUGUUACAACAAUACCUACAGUAGGUUUCAACGUGGAAACUGUGACAUAUAAAAACGUUAGGUUUAACGUAUGGGAUGUUGGAGGGCAAGAUAAAAUCCGGCCAUUAUGGAGACAUUACUACACGGGGACACAAGGGCUCAUCUUUGUUGUGGACUGUGCUGACAGGGACAGAAUAGAUGAAGCUCGUCAGGAACUGCACAAGAUUAUCAAUGACAGAGAAAUGAGAGAUGCCAUCAUCCUAGUAUUUGCCAACAAGCAGGACCUGCCAGAAGCAAUGAAACCUCACGAAAUCCAGGAGAAACUUGGACUCACUAGAAUUCGAGACCGCAACUGGUAUGUACAACCAUCGUGUGCCACAACAGGGGAUGGACUGUACGAAGGACUCACCUGGCUCACUUCGAAUCAUAAGUCCUGAGAAGUGUAUAGAAUUGAACUGUAGCUAAGAUUUAUUUUAAAUUUCCAUUUAUUGUACAGCAUCAUUGAAAAGUGUAAAAAAAAAACAUCAAUUUUUUUUCAAAAUUUUCUUUUUGGCUUUUAGUUAAGGUGAAAGGGUAAUGAGCCUGUCUUCCUUCCCGCACGGUUCGGACACAGUGUGAAUGUGUAGGUAGCUUUGAGGCCGUAAACCUGUACAUAGCAAUAGACUAAAUUCGUUGAGGUCAAGAACGAGGCAAGCCAGAGAAUGUGGGUAAAAACAAAAGCUGAAUUUCAGUUUUACAUGUAUAGAAGUGAAUUGUUUGUGUGAGUAAAAGAGAACUGCAUGGUCUAAAACAACCUUUUAAAUUGUGUUCAUUUAGGACUUGAUUUGUAGUGCUUGCAGAAUGUUAUGUAAGUUUCAUUUUUAUACUUCUUUUUAAGAAGUAAAUAAAUAUUUUUGCAGUUAAUGUUUAAGUACUCAUGCAGAAGACUGUUUAAGCCAUAAACAAAAGUAAAUAAAUUUUGACAUGUUUUCUCUGAACUACAAAUAUGAAAGUAGUUUUAUGUAAAACUUUUUAAGCCUUAGAGGCUUUGUGGUUGAAAUUCAGUGUACUUACUGUAUAUCUCACACACACACACACAUCUUGAAUGUUUUAAAAUAUACUCUCUAUUUGUUUGCGAGUAUUGUCAAGCUUCUUUGGGGCAAAGUUUUCACAUAAAUACUGUUACAGAUAUUUAAUUCUUUACAUAGUGUUUGUUAUUUGUCUCUCAGAGUUACUCCUGGAAACACUUAAGAAACAAUGUGCCUGGGUUAGAGAAUAUCUUGUUGUUUGGAAGUUAAAAGACAUUUUGUAAUAGGCUUCAGCCGUCUUUUGUAAAGUAUCUAAGGUUUUUCAUCAUUUGUCUUUCACGCAACUUAAGGAUCAACCAUGGUACUUGCUUUUAAGUGUUAUGUUGAUGAGAAAUGGCAUUUCUCACAUCAUCUGAAAUGUUGUGGUAAAAAUCAAACUACUGAGUAGGAGCUGUUAUAAAAAUUAAUAUUAGACAUUAAUUGUAAAUUUUUCUCAUCACCCCCUUUUUUUUGCACUGAAUAAAUUUUCCCUGAAGAAUCUUGAUCUCGAUAACAGUAUAUUUGUAAUGUAGAACAUCCUCCCAUGCCCCUGUAAAAGAAAAAAGUAACAAAAUGAUUUUAGAUAUUCUGUAGGUGACCCUAAGUAACAAAAGUCCGAAGUUUGAAUAAUAAAACCUGACAAGUUACUUAAUAUUUACUACAAAUAAUUCUGAGAUGUUUUACGUGUGAGAAGGUAAUUAUAACUAUUACAGGUGUUGUGUUCUAAAAUCAAGUGAGAUUUUUUUUCUGUUGGUCAACAUACAAACUCUGCCUUUCUACGAAAAGAAUCAUAGAAGUUGAUUAACCCCCACUUUUUUAACUCUGCCUUUCUACGUAAAGAAUCUUAGAAGUUGAUUAACCCCCACUUUUUUAACUCUGCCUUUCUACGUAAAGAAUCUUAGAAGUUGAUUAACCCCCACUUUUUUAACUCUGCCUUUCUACGUAAAGAAUCUUAGAAGUUGAUUAACCCCCACUUUUUUAACUCUGCCUUUCUACGUAAAGAAUCUUAGAAGUUGAUUAACCCCCACUUUUUUCUCGGCAAAUUUCAUCAGUGUUUGUGAUUCUACGAAUAGAAAAUGAGGUUGUCAUUUUAACCUUUAUUGUACAUUUGGUACUGUUUAAAAAUUAGUUUAUCAUCAAGUUAAUAUUGUAACAAUAACAUGCUGUUGUAACACGUUACAUUGCUAUGAUGAUCUAGUUCCUUGUUUCACCUAAGAUAUUGAUUGCUGGAGAGGAUUAAAUGUUCUUUGUUUAGUUGGUGAAAGAAAAUAGCUGUGACAGACACCUGUAGAGUGUGGCAUAGUUAUCCAUGUAGUUGUGGGUAAGUAUGGAUAACACUAC